GAGCCGCGGGCGAAAGCUGCCAAACGGAGACGAGAGGAUGCAUUGUUGGAGGCCCAGGACCCGACUGAAGAGCAGGAUGAGGAGUCGUGUGUCGCUGCGGGCAAAGAUCAUGAUGCGGGCGGCAAGAAGCUUGAGGCCAAAGCAGCCUCAAAUCAGGCCGGUCGUGAAUGCAUGCUGAGAUCUGCGGUGCAUGAGACUCUUGUUGUGCCGUUGGACCUGGACCGACAGCUGCUUGAGCUGGCGGUGAAGGGGCUGGCAGGAGCCCAGGCGGAGGUGGAUAGUGCGAGAGCAUCGGUGGAGUUUGCGCAGCAGUGGUGGCGAGAAGCCGUAAGCAGCCAAGACAGGGAGCAGGCAAGUCAGGCGAAGCAGGAGGUCAAGGAGGCGGAGCAGAAGGUCAAGGAGGCGGAGCAGAAGGUCAAGGAGGCGGAGCAGAAGGUCAAGGAGGCGGAGCAGAAGGUCCAGGCGAAGGCGAGCCCGACGGUCGAGGCAGUGAUGAAGCCUCCCUUCAUCGAGUGGCUAAAGCAGGCUACGCGGGAACCUCAAAAAAGACUGCAGGUCUUACGCAACACCGCUUCCCUUGUGCCGCCAGACGAACUACCCUGGACGCUCUCAGCGAUCGUCGAGAGACAAUGCUACACCAAGCUUUGCGAGCAUAUCCAGCAACGGGGCAAGAAGAAAGGCAUGCGCUUGGUUUUGAGUGGCACGCCGGGCAUCGGCAAGACGACGUUGGUCUACUAUCUCCUUUGGAAGUUCUUCCAGGGGGAGCUGGGCUACGAAGUGGUCGUGCUUGGAGAUGUUUCGAUGCUGGUGUCCAUUCAAAGGGAUGGCACAUGCUGGAACCAUGAAACUGGUCACCACCGGGGGAUGUUGCCAAAGUCUUUGGGCUUGUUCGACGUAGCGCCCGAUGGCACGGUCAAGGAAGGACGGGCAAGCGUGAACAUUCAGCAGGCAAACACCUACUUUCGGGUCGAUGACAUGCUGGUCGUGGCAACCCCUGGAUUUGGCAGUGCACUGAAAGAGUUCCAGAAAAGACGUUUUGAGGAGCUCUACUUGCCCGUGUGGGGAGCAAGUGAAACAGGAGAGCUGUGCGAAAUGAGCGGGAUGAGUGUCGAAGCUAUUAGGGGAAGGGCCGAGCUAUGCGGUUUUGCCAUCCCACGUUUGAUUCUGGAGUACGACGAGGUUGGGCUGACAAGGCUGACUGAGACCUUUUGCAACGCUUUAAUGGGCGUCGUGAAUGAGGGAGGCCAGCGCCUGACUGCCAAAGAUGCUCACACAAUGUUGGUACUCCAGUCCAGCGAAGUUUUGAAAGAAGACACGCCCUUGUCGUUCGCGUGCUUCCACAAGAAGGACAAUGAUGAAGGGGUCCAAGGACAAGGAGAGAGUUUAAUGGCAGGAAGGAAGGUUGGCUUUGCGUCUGAGUUUGUCCAGACGCAGCUUUUCAAUCGCAUGGGGCAGAUCGGAGAGCAAUUGUCGAAUCUUCUGCGAUGCAUUCCAGAACUGGGGCGAUACUACUUUCAACACAGAGUCUUGAAUGAGUUGGUAGGAACUCAGGGUGUUGUACUGAGUCCUGAUGCGAGCAGUGGGAAGUGGAGUUUGCGCUUUGAGAGGGUAGAAGCGUUCACCUGCCGAAAAGUGGAUGUCAAGCGCGGUGUCCUCUACCGCAACCCACCCGAAGAAGACAGGAUGAAGUCAGUGGAUGGCUUUGGGUGGCACGGAGAUACCCUAUAUUUGCUUCAGCCAACCAUCGCAAGACAACACGGCGAGAUAGUGGCCAGCCACCUCCACGAAAUUCUAGAGACACCUCUCGCUGAUGGCAUCGCGAAUGUGGUCGGUCUCUACAUACGCCCUUGCCAUACAAAGCCUUUCCAACUGCGCAGCAGAGGUGGUAUCAAGAAACAGUUUGACAACAAGCCGUACUCCUUUCAAGUCGUCGCCGUGCCAGAUCUCUUGCAAAGUUUUUCGCAGGAGCUCCAAAACGCCCUGUGCUAG